UGGGAUGCCACUGCGCGCGGAUUGGUUGACAAACGAUCGGAGGAUUCCGUGGUCUUCUCUUUGUCCCUUCUUGGUAUAUGCGCGCGCGCUGGGCCUCUUUGUCUGUUUGAAGGGGGGUUUCGUGUAGCACACAGCCUGAUGUGAAUUGAUAUGGGGCGAUUCUGUCAGACUCACGGGCUUGGCGACUUGGCAACUAUCUCGCAGAUGCGAAGAUAAAUAUUGUCCUGCCUUCACGGUUCUUUUCGGAUUUGUCCUGGUUCUCUAUGCUGUCAUCGAGACACGACUAACAACCUUCAAGAAUCGUUUGGAAGCCAUCCUCAUCUCCAUUCUUCCUGCUUCAAUUUUUCCUUGGCGAAGGAUUUCACACUUUUUCCUUUUCUUAUUUUUUUUUUCCGUUUUCGGAUUCGAUUUCUCGAGGUGCUUGCCAAAAUGUCAUCCACGAAAACUCCCACCUUCUCGACCUAUGGGGGAUAUGGGCAGCAACUCCUUCAGCAGAUGGGCUACAACCAAGCCGUGCGGAUCGGAGAUCGCAUAGAGACGGCCGGGCAAGGUGGUUGGAAUCCAGAGACAGGCGAGAUCCCCGCCUCGCUCGACGAGGAGAUUGACCAGGCGUUCAGCAACGUCGACCUCGCGCUCCGCAGCGCCGGCGGGAAGGGCUGGUCCCAGGUCUACCGGAUCAGGCUGUACGCGCUCGAGCCCGAGGGUUUCACCGAGGAGGGCCUGCACCGGAUGGUGCAGAACAUGGACAAGUGGUGUGGGAAGAGGCCGAUCCUGACGGGCGUCGGGGUCAGUAAGCUGGGCCAGCCCGGGAUGAGGUUCGAGAUUGAGGUGGCCGCUUAUGCUCCGGAGGAGGAGUGA